GGCGGGCAGGGGCGGUGGCAGCCGGUGCCGCUGUCAGGGCUCCAAGGGCAGGAGCAGCCAGAGCCCAGGUGUGUGGCAUUGCUCGAGCCAAUGAUGGGGGGUGAGAGCUCCCAGGGCUCCCGCGGCUGCUCUAUAAAUAGGGCGGCAGCAGCAGCUCUGCCUGGGCUCUAUGUUUGGCUCUGCCUCUGAUUUCUUGUGCUGUAGCUCUCCAGGCUCUCCAGCCUGCCUAGUUAAGGAUGGGGAUCCUUGGCUUGCUUUGGUAAAACAGCUCAGGCCUUGGGACUGCUCGCGGUGCUGCUUGUGCUGUCUGUGGCCAAAGGACGCCGGGGAGCUAGGAGGUAGCUGAGACUGGGACGGCUGAGUCUGCUGCGGAGAAGGCUGGUGAAGGAGAAGGGUGAGGAGAAUCCUCACAACCUCGCUUUCUACCUGUGCCAGGCAUGGAGCUACUUUAAAUUGAUGCCAGGUUGCCUGAGCCAGGACAUGAAGUAGAACACAGGGUCCAAUUUCAAGUGAAAUCCCAGCUGCUUUGACAAAUAAAAUAUCUGGACACACAUAGUCCUAAAGGGCCUCCUGCAGGCUGUGUCUUCCCUGAAAGUGCUUUGAAAGAACUGCGCAAUGAAGUGAUGGUUUCCAUUGCAGCAGUUCAAAUGAAAUUUCAGCUAAAUGCCAACAGUGACUGUGUUCUUAAGCACUUUGACUCCAAAAUUCUACUUUGCCCUUACAGUGACCUCAUCUUUCAUAUCUGGCCUGAUAUUUGUAUUUGAGUGGUGGCAUUUCCGAAAAUAUGGCACAUCUUUCAUCGAGCAGGUAUCUGUGAGUCAUCUGAGGCCCCUCAUUGGCGGUGUGGAAAAUAGCCCUCCAGCACCAGCAGCAUUCUCAGUUGGAGAGAAUGAGACAAACAGGCAGAAUAUGCCAGAGUGCAAGGUGUGGCGAAAUCCUCUUAAUCUUUUCAGAGGGGCAGAGUAUAGCAGAUACACGUGGGUGACUGGGAAGGAGCCCCUUACAUACUAUGACAUGAAUUUGUCUGCUCAAGAUCAUCAGAACUUUUUCACGUGUGAUACAGAUGCCCUUCGGCCUUCAGAUACAGUAAUGCAGAAAGCAUGGCGAGAGAGAAACCCUCAAGCCCGGAUUAAAGCAGCGUAUCAGGCUUUAGAGUUGAACAAUGAUUGUGCCACUGCAUAUGUUCUUCUAGCAGAGGAAGAAGCGACAACUAUUGUAGAUGCUGAGAAGUACUUUAAGCAGGCUCUGAAAGCAGGAGAAAUGAUUUACAGGAAGUCUCAGAACUGCCAUUCCCAAAGUCCACAGCAUGAAGCACAGCUGAGAAGAGACACCAAUGUACUGGUGUAUGUGAAAAGGAGACUAGCUAUGUGUGCAAGAAAACUUGGAAGAAUACGAGAAGCAGUCAAAAUGAUGAGAGAUUUAAUGAAAGAGUUUCCACUUCUCAGCAUGCUGAAUAUUCACGAAAACCUUCUGGAGGCGCUACUGGAGUUACAGGCUUAUGCAGAUGUUCAGGCAGUUUUAGCAAAGUAUGAUGAUAUUAGUCUUCCAAAAUCAGCAGCAAUAUGUUACACAGCAGCCCUGUUAAAAGCCAGAGCUGUUUCAGAAAGGUUCUCCCCAGAAACUGCCUCCAAAAGAGGGCUUAGUACAGCAGAAAUAAAUGCCGUGGAAGCAAUUCACAGAGCUGUGGAAUUUAACCCUCAUGUUCCAAAAUACUUACUAGAAAUGAAAAGUUUGGUUCUACCUCCAGAGCAUAUCCUGAAACGAGGGGACAGUGAGGCAGUAGCAUAUGCUUUUUUUCAUCUCCAGCACUGGAAGAGAAUAGAAGGGGCUCUAAAUCUGCUGCACUGUACAUGGGAGGGCACAUUUAGGAUGAUCCCGUACCCAUUAGAGAAAGGUCAUCUUUUCUAUCCCUAUCCAAGUUGCACAGAAACAGCAGACAGAGAACUGUUGCCAACAUUUCACGAAGUCUCCGUUUACCCACAGAAGGAACUUCCCUUUUUCAUCCACUUCACAGCAGGCCUGUGUUCCUUUUCGGCAAUGCUUGCACUCCUUACACACCAGUUUCCUGAGCUGAUGGUCAUUUUUGCUAAAGCUGUGCUGCGAGUGCUUUGGCCCGUGAGUGCUCCCAGCGUGCUGGCCUCCGGCUGAGCCCUGGACAUCCCCUGGUUCUUUGGGACUGUCCUUUUACCCUUCGCUAUGGAAAACACUGAGGUCCUCAUGCUGUCCAGUCUGUGGCAUCAGCUGACUCCAGUUUGACCGGAGCAUGCUUUCCACGAUGCUUCGAUUUCAUUGUUCCCACAAGCGUCUCUGCCAGCACCAACUGGGCAUGGUUAGCUGACACCAGGGUGGGAAGGCAACAAAGAAAGGUGUGCUCUUCAAACUGGUGUCUUUCACAGGCUUCCAUGUUGGUAAUGGUGCUUUAUGUAUGAAUUUCUUCUUUGGCCUUGGCGUCUGUAGUCAUCUAAGAAAAUAGUUUUUGUUGAGCAAUAAUCUCAUUGCUCUCUUAAUCGCUUGUACAACAGGAAGCUAAUACUUCCUCUGUAAAAAAAUGAGAGAACACAAAUUGAGCAGAUGUUUUGAGUAUUGACACUUCUUUCUCAGCUGCAGAACCACCAGAUAACUGGCUUAGAUUUAAUUUUGUAAGCCUUUUUCAAAAUAUUUGUUAAGAGCAAAGUAUGGCUCUGCUUUCUUUAUUAAAAGGUUACUUCU